CCUCCCCUCCUUUCCCCAGGUAUAUGAGCUGAGUCCAGGUGAGCUGGCUCCUCCCGUCCAGUCUCAGCGGCUGCCAGCAGGCAGAUCAUGAGCCAUCAGCUCUUCUGGGGAAGGCUGUAGGACGACGAAAUUCUCACCGAAGGGCCAAGUGCCUGGGCACCAUGGGACAGUGCCGGUCAGCCAAUGCUGAGGAUGCCCAGGAAUUCAGUGAUGUGGAGAGGGCCAUUGAGACCCUCAUCAAGAACUUCCACCAGUACUCGGUGGAGGGUGGGAAGGAGACCCUGACCCCGUCUGAGCUCCGGGACCUGGUCACACAGCAGCUGCCCCACCUCAUGCCGAGCAAUUGUGGGUUGGAAGAGAAAAUUGCCAACCUGGGCAACUGUAACGACUCUAAACUGGAGUUUGGGAGCUUCUGGGAGCUGAUUGGAGAAGCAGCCAAGAGCGUGAAGCUGGACAGUCCUGUUCCAGGGAGUUGAAGACCCCCUCCCGGAGUUCUUGGGGGGAUGUUGGGGAGAGGGGAUCUUAGAGACCGUGGUCUUGGAAAUAAAAUUUCUCUCCAGCGCUACCCCCUUAUUCCCCGUGCUGCAACUCCUUGUCCUGCUCCUCCCUGGUCCUACCCCAGGGCUUGCGCUGUCCUGGGAGCUCCAGGGAGCUCAUGGGUCUAGGAGCCCCUCACUAAAGGAAGCUUGGGGGAGGUUGGGGCCUGGGAGGGCACAGAGGGAUAAAGGUGGUGUGAGGGCCAAGUGAUUUGGUAGUAGGGGAAGGGCAGAGAGGAGCUGGCUAUGGGAAAUGAUCAGGAGAAUGGGCUGGGAAUGUGGCUGGACACAUACUGAAAAGGGCGUCUGAGACGCUGCCCCUCUUUGCCUCCUCCGCAAGCCAAGCUGUAGCUGUCUGUCUGGUGCUAUCCCUUCCUAUAUCCAACCCUGCCCCGGCCUCCUUCCUGGCCUCUGUCCCUGGGCUGGGGGAGGAGAGAAGGGGAGCAGGCUCAAAAGAGAUGCUGGGGAAGGUGUGAUUUUGGGGUGAGAAGAUUUAGGGGUGCUUGGACAUUUACAGAAUGAUAAUUGUUUUGUAUCAUUUGAUUAAUAAAAAAAUUGAAAAAAAGGAAAA